CAAUCAAAUGUCAAUGUCAAUUUACCAGUGUCAAACAAAUCAAGUACCUACCUACCGUGUCCUACAGUUUUGUGGAUUUCAUUGUCGAUUUUAUUAUAACGAAACUCUUGUAAUUUUAAUAGGAUAUUUAUUGGAAUUCAGUGAGCACGGCGCUAAAAUGCAGAGUGUAAUAAACACUGUAAAAGGAACUGCGUUAGGGGUAGCCGGUUAUCUUACACCGGUAUUGAAGGAGUCGAAGUUUCAAGAAACUGGAGUCCUUACUCCUGAAGAGUUUGUAGCUGCUGGAGACCACUUGGUCCACCACUGCCCCACCUGGCAAUGGGCAAAGGGUGAAGAGGCCAAGAUCAGGCCAUACUUACCAGCUGAUAAGCAGUUCCUUAUAACUAGGAAUGUCCCUUGCUAUAGGAGGUGCAAACAGAUAGAAUAUUGUGAAGACAAAGAAAAAGUGAUAGAGGAUGAACAUGAUGCGGACGGAGGGUGGGUAGACACACAUCACUAUGACAACGCUGGAUCUCCCACAGUUGAGGAAAAGGUAUGUGAGAUGACACUAGAAGCAGCUGACACCGGCGAAAGUGACGGUGAGGGGGCCGCGGGUGACCGUGAUGACGAUGAUGAUGAGGAAGAUGACGAGGAUGGAGAGGCUGAAGACAUGGAACAGUUCCAAGAGUCUGGACUUUUAGAUGAAGUGGACCCAUCAACAGACCUAGCACAGCGCAAGGAACCCAAAGCGAAGCCGGAGAAGAAGGCGAAGUCUGAUGGAGACGAGAUCGUUCGCACGAGGACCUACGACCUCCACAUCACGUACGACAAGUACUACCAAACCCCUAGGCUCUGGCUCAUUGGGUAUGACGAGGACCGCACUCUACUGAGCGUGGAGCAGAUGUACGAGGACGUGUCCCAGGACCACGCUAAGAAGACAGUCACCAUGGAGUCCCACCCACACCUUUCUGGACCUAGCAUGGCAUCCGUUCAUCCGUGCCGGCACGCAGAAGUAAUGAAGAAAAUAAUAGAGACUGUGACGGAGAGUGGAGGGGAAAUGGGAGUGCACUCGUACCUCAUAGUGUUCCUCAAGUUCGUGCAAACCGUCAUACCGACUAUUGAGUACGAUUUCACACAAAAUUUCGCCAUGAAUUAGACUAGCUUCUUAGUAGCUUUUGUAACGCGGCUCGCGGCGUAGCUUCACUGUGGGUUUUAAAUGUUUUUAAUCGAUAGUCUAUAAAAAUAACUGAUUAAAUGGCACGGCGGUACGACUGUUGAUUUCGACGAUAUUGCCUUGUUU